CUCUAAUUCAUUCGUACAAACACUCUGUUUCUGUGUUUCUUGUUCUGUCUCCAUGUUCUGCAGUUUGCAAUGUGUCAAGUGAGAAUUAACAUUUAAGGAGCUGUACGAGGACAUUAAUUGCCCUACAGCUGCAGCAGAAUUCAAAACUGUAUGGAAGUCCGGUAUUGUUAGCACGUUGGAGAAGGAUAACCAGGAUCUCAUCGAUUAUCUACGAAAGCAUACUCAGAUGCCUAGCUUUCAAUUUUACCAGUUGUGGAUGAUUUACGACAAUCUUUUCUGCAUGCUGCAACACAACGACACACAUAAAUGGCCUGAGUGGAUGAAUGCUACCUUAUUCAGCCGUUUGCAAACAUUGUACGAUGCUUCCUCUCGGAUGAAGUAUCAUACGGAGAUUUUGCGUCGUCUGCGAGGAGGUCCUUUGCUCAAAGACAUUAUUGAUCGCUUCGUUGCAAAAAGGAAUGGAGUCUUGGGUGAAAAGCCAAAGCUUUAUGCGUAUUCAGCGCAUGACACUACUCUCGCUGCUAUGCUGUCCACGUUAGGUAUAUAUCCGGAAGAUUUUCCAAAAUAUGCAACCGCGGUGUUGUUGGAGCUUCACAAAAGGGAUGGAGAGUUUGUUGUGGAGGUUCCCCUUGGGCGAAUGUGGAUAGGAGCGGGUUUGUGCCUCGCCGUAGUCUUUUGA